AUGGCCAUCUUGGAUAAGAUAGCGUUCAACAUACUCUUCAAAGAUCAGAAGAAGAAGUUUGAUCAGUUCCUUCGCAAUACCACACCGGUUCAAGAAGGAACCAUCACUGUGACACCACAGGCCAUCUUCUACACAUCUAGCAUUCAAGACGCGUCCCAGAAGCAACCUUAUUGGACGAAAAAGAGCUUUCAAACUCACCUUGCCAGGACUUAUCCGGAUACCACCAUCCCAGAAACAGCUAUUGAUGUCCUCUGGUCUUGUUUCUGCUUCUACGCCUAUCAUCCUUUCCCACUCUCCGGAGUAGGCGAUAGAAAGCUAGAGUUGCCAGCCUUUGAGAGUGCGCUGAUCCUGCUCUCUCUUCAGGGCACAAAGCUUCUCGGGAUCGAAGACGACGGCUUCGGUCGUCGUUGGGGGGCUUUUCGGGAGAAUUGUAACUGCAGAGCUAGGAUUAAUCGGAUCUUUCGAAGCAUCGGCCUCAGUAGUCCUCAGGCAAUCUCACAUCCACACGCCACUGGUUUCGCCAGCCUCGUUACUGACGAUGUGAUCGAUACUAUGCGUACACUAUGCCCCUGCCAUCCUAAAUUGGCUGCAACCCCUGAGAAGCUGACGCCGCUGGCGGAACGCUUACUCGACGGGAGGAAAGUGCAGUUUCAGAUGAAGGUCAACGACUUGGCUGAUUUACUCUGCCUGAUCAUGAGGCUCAGAGUCUACAAAACGACUUGGGGCCGCAGUUUUCAUUACGGUUCCUUGGAUGGGUCUACUCCAGAGAAGGAAGAACUGGCUAACGUCCUGGCCCGAUCGUUCUGUCUUGACCAGGACGAGUCCCUGGCCCCCGCCUUGGUUCUCAGGGCUCUAGAUAUCUUGCCAAAUCUAGAGCAAUGGUUUCAUCAACUUUGGGCAGCACUAUUCCAACCUUCGCCGACCACCGAGUUACUAAGCCUAGAUACCGAAUCAUCAGCAGAUUCCGCUUGGGAUGGAAUUCUUCGCGCAGUCUCAUUGUUCGUCCCACCGUUCGAAAUCCAUGAGAAAACCGACUGGAAUCGGAAAGUUAAGCCAGUCACCUUUUCAAAGUGCCAUGAUUGGACGUCUGGAAGCCUGACGGACAGCCUUGGUCUAAGCCAUGUAUUACAGCCUACUACCCAUGAUGACCCGAAGCAUCGGUCGCAUCUUGUUCUUCUCCUGGGACAUCAAGGCCCGGACUCGACCAGAGUUGUUGUGGGGGCAUUCUUCUCUGGUGGUACGCAGUCCCCUGCUGCAAACGAGGGAAAGGAGCCAGAGAAGAUACAAAGAUCAGCGAUCGCUCUUCCGCAACUUCUCUUCCAGCUUCAGCCAAGCUUUGAUCUCUUUCGAUGGAGUGGAGAGGACACCAGGUCUUCAUUGCCCAUAUGCGAAAGUGACACAGGGCAGACGGACUACCUUAACUACGUGGGGGACCCUACUCAAUCGAGGGUAGGAGUGAGAAUUGACCCUAUCACCAGUCAAGCUACCUUUUUCCGGGGCACAGCUACGGCCGCUCGUCGGAGAUCAGGGCAGUAUGAAGAAGUCACGAGGAAGCAUGAAGGAUCUGAUAUCAGGCAUGGGGAUCAGCAGGAACGACAAACAGACUUUACGGUGACCCGUCUUGCUAUUUUUAAUGUGGAAGGUGGGCCAUAUUAUGAUGACUGGCGAGUUUGUAUGCUGGCAUGGAAGGAAGCAUGA